AUGCAUUCUGACUCCAGCUCGAGCAGAUCUUCCUCACCAGACAUGGAUGGGAUGUAUCUCAGAGACCACCUCAAUUCAGUGUCCUCGACGCAGAACGAACUCCUCCAGAAGAUGACGAGCGAGCACCUUUCCAGGCACGGGGAAAAGUCACCUGGCGGGAGCAAGUACAAACUCAAGAAGCAAGUGACCGAGCAAGAGAUUCAGCAUCUGAGGCUGAAAAUCAACGGACGGGAGCGCAAGAGGAUGCAUGACUUGAACCUGGCGAUGGACGGCCUCCGGGAAGUCAUGCCGUACGCACACGGUCCGUCCGUGAGAAAGCUGUCUAAAAUUGCCACUCUCCUGCUCGCCAGAAACUACAUCCUGAUGCUCAACAGCUCACUGGACGAGAUGAAAAGGCUGGUUGGAGAAAUCUACGGCGGACAUCAUUCUACGUUCCACUGCGGGACAGUGAGCGGGCACUCUGGCAACCCAGCGCAUCAGGUGCAUCCGCUGCUCGGGAGCGCGCUGUCCUCGUCCACAUCCUCCACCCUCACCACCACUUUACCGGGACUAACCUCCAUCCGAGCACCUCAUUCCCUAAUGAAGAGUGCCCCUGCACCCCCUCUUCAACUCGGCAGCGGUUUCCAGCACUGGUCAGGUUUACCUUGCCCGUGCCCCAUAUGUCAAGUACCUCCACCGCCUCAUAUUCCUAUCAGUUCAGCGGGACUGACGAGACUUACAAGUGAAAACAAGGAUGUGAUGAAGUAA